AUGUCAAAGUCGUCAAAAAACUCAAAAAACUCCUCGGUGCAUAAGCAGGAGAAACUUGCCAAUGGCCCAGUUUCUUCUAUACCAGAAAAAACUGUGUUAAUACCAGCAGUCCAGACCAAACCCUUCUCCAAAGAAGAUCCCAUCACACCUCAACAAUCCUAUAACUCGAUCCCUCCAGCAACUCUGGCCCAAGAACGCACAAUCUCUCCCCUCGACCAAAAACUACUAUUUGUCCUCACCAUCUUCACAUCAUGGGUCCGCUUUUACAAGAUUUGGAACCCCCCAUCAGUCGUUUUUGACGAAGUCCACUUUGGUGGAUUUGCUCGCAAGUACAUUAUUGGCCGCUUCUUUAUGGAUGUUCACCCUCCUUUGGCUAAAAUGCUCUACGCUGUUGUCGGCUACCUCGCUGGAUUUGAUGGAGAAUUUGACUUCAAUGCAAUCGGUCUCGAGUAUGGCCCUGCUAAUGUCCCCUAUGUUGCCAUGCGUAUGCUCCCUGCCACUCUUGGUGUUUUGACUGUCCUUCUUACUUACUCUACCCUCCGUGCUUCUGGAUGCCACUCUUGGUCUGCUCUCUUUGGUGCUGGUCUGCUUGCCAUUGAAAAUACCUUUGUCACUCAAUCCCGUUUUAUCUUGCUCGAUUCUCCCUUGGUUUUCUUUGUCGCCAUUACCGUCUACGGCUUUGUCAAGUUUCAAAACUACAUCCCCCUAACUAAAGACUGGAUCCGUUAUCUGUUCCUUGCUGGUCUCGGUCUUGGUGCUACUGUCUCUUCCAAAUGGGUUGGUAUCUUCACAAUUGGCUGGUGUGGUCUCUUGACUCUUUGGCAACUUUGGUGGAUCCUUGCUGAUUUGAAGGUUACCCCCCUCAAUUACCUUUACCAAUUCGCUUCCAGAGCCGUUUUCCUCAUUUUCGUCCCCCUUUCCUUCUACCUCUCAAUGUUUGCUCUUCACUUUGUCUGCCUUGCUAACCACGGCGAUGGUGCUAGCUUCAUGUCUCCUGGCUUCCAAGCUACUCUCCAGCAUACUACCAUCCUUAAGGAAACCCAAGCCGAUAUCGCCUACGGCAGUGUUGUUACUCUUAGACACGUCAACACUCGUGGUGGAUUCUUACACUCUCACAACCACAUGUACCCCACUGGUUCCAAGCAGCAGCAAAUCACUCUUUACCCUCACAAGGAUCAUAACAAUAAUUGGGUCAUUGAGCGCGACAAUUACAAUCUUACUUUGAACGAUACCUCUUAUGACUUUGUUAAGCAUGGCGAUAUUAUUAGAUUGACCCACAUGACUUCAAACCGUAGACUUCACUCCCACAAUGUUCGUCCCCCUGUAUCUGAGCAGGAUUUCCAGAAUGAAGUUUCUGCUUACGGUUACAAGGGCUUUUCCGGUGACAUUAAUGAUAACUUCCGUGUUGAAAUUGUCCCCAAGCAGAGCGAAAAGGGCGUUGCCAGUGAACGUCUCCGUGCUUUCGAUACUCAAUUCCGUUUGAUCCAUAUUGGUACUGGCUGUGCUCUCUUUUCUCACGCCGUCAAACUCCCUACUUGGGGUUUUGAGCAACAGGAAGUCACUUGUGUUAAGAGUGGUACUUUCCCUAACAGUGUUUGGAUGAUUGACUCUAACAGUCACCCUAGAGCACCCCAAGAUGCUGAAAUUGCUCACAGACGUAUUCCUUCCUUCCUUUCUAAAUUCUGGGAGCUUAAUAAGGUCAUGUGGAAUGUCAAUGCUGGUCUUACUAGUACCCACACUUGGGAGUCUCGCCCUGAGUCUUGGCCUCUUCUCAAGCGUGGUAUUAACUUCUGGGGUAAGGAUCACGACCAUGUUUAUCUUCUUGGUAACGCUCCUAUCUACUGGUUCACUACUGCUCUCAUUGUUUCUUACCUUCUUUUCAAGGGCUUUGAGUUGCUUAGAUGGCAGCGUGGAUAUGCUCCCUUUGAUAGCGUUGCUUACCAUACCUUUGACAAGGGCAUGUAUACCUAUGUUCUUGGUUGGGCUACUCAUUACUUCCCCUCCUUUUUGAUGGAGCGUCAGCUUUUCUUGCACCACUAUCUUGCUUCUGUUUUCUUUGGUGUUUUGGCCAUUGCCCAGUUUUUUGAGUUUAUUGCUUAUGGUGUUUUCGGUAGCAUCAAGCUCUUUAAGCUUAAUCGCAAGGGUAUUUACAUUGGAUAUGCUCUCAUGGCUGCCUUCUUUGCCGUCAGUGCUGGCUUUUUCUACCACUACUCUCCUCUUGCUUAUGCCACUGCUUGGACCAAGCCUGUUUGCGAAAGCUCCAAGUUUUUGGAUAUGGAUUGGAACUGUGGCCGCUACUUUGAUACUUAUGAGGAAUACUACGCUGCCGCCAGCAAAAAGGCUCUUGAAGCCAAGCUUAACGGUACCAUUGUUGCUACCAGCACUGUGAAUACUGGAGUCACCCAGAUUGUUCCUACCCCUGUUGUUGUUAAGCAGGAAGUUCCUAAGCCUCAACCUCCUGUCUCCAAGCAAGAGGCCCCCAAGAAGCAGCCCAUCAAGAAGGAAGAGCCUAAGCCUGUUGUCCCUAAGCAAGAGGCUCCUAAGCCUGCUGCUCCUAAGCAAGAAGCUCCCAAGCAACAACCUAUUAAGAAGGAAGAGCCAAAACCUGCUGCUCCUAAGCAGGAAGCUCCUAAACCCGCUGCUCCUAAGCAAGAGGCUCCUAAGCAAGAUGCUCCUAAGCAACAGCCUAUUAAGAAGGAAGAGCCUAAACCUGCUGCUCCUAAACAGGAAGCUCCCAAACCUGCUGCUCCCAAGCAGGAAGCUCCUAAACCAGCUGCCCCUAAACAAGAGGCUCCUAAGCAACAACCUAUUAAGAAGGAGGCCCCUAAGCCUGCUGCUCCUAAGCAAGAGGCUCCUAAGCCUGCUGCUCCUAAGCAAGAAGCUCCCAAGCAACAACCUAUUAAGAAGGAAGAGCCAAAACCUGCUGCUCCUAAGCAGGAAGCUCCUAAGCCUGCUGCUCCAAAGCAAGAGGCACCUAAACCUGCUGUCCCCAAGCAAGAAGCUCCUAAGCCCGCUGCACCUAAACCUGCUGCACCCAAGCAAGAGGCUCCUAAACCUGCUGCCCCUAAACAAGAGGCUCCUAAGCAACAGCCUGUUGUCAAGAAGGAAGAGCCCAAGCCCGUUGCUCCUAAGGAAGAGGCUAAGCCUGCUGCUGCUGAGCAAAAGUAA